AAAAAAAAGAGAAGAAACUGAAACCUCACGGGAAAAACUAGGGAACUGCUCCAGUUAAUUUAAUGAUCAUUUGACAAAUAACUACCGCCGCUAACUCAAACACCCCACCCGUACACCGCACACUAACAAAAAUCGAAUCCUGCAGAAAUUUUUAGAAGGAAUCAAAAGUACACGACCAUCGACCGCUUGAUCUGGUGAUGGACACGACCCCAAAUCUGUAAAAAAACCAGUAAACUGUAAAAAAUGCUCAAACUGCAAGCACGUACAACCUGCAAACACAAGUAGAUAAGGCCGGGCCAAAGAUGAAGAAUGGAGUACCUUAGGUUAACUAGUUGUUACUGAGUUGUUACUGAGUUGUUACUGAGUUGUUACCGAGUUGUUACUGGUAUUAGGAUACUAGUAGUUAAGCGGUUAAUUUGGUAUUUGUUCAGCUGGUUAGUUGUUCGAAGUUGAGACUGGCGUGAUAGCUCAGUGAAUUAUGAUUGUUACUUUUGAUUCGAAACAGUCUAAAACCUCAUCAGAUAAAAUAGCCGGGGGUCUGCCAGAUAUAGCGUCUCCGCUUUCAUCGUCGUUGUCACCAUUGCCUUAUAGAAUCAAUGGCAGUCCUAUUGAAGCUUUGACGUCUCCAGGAAGUGUAACUGCCCCUAAAAUGAUCAAGAACCAUCAACUUACCAAAAGAUCAAAGAACGGGUGUCUUACAUGCAAAGUUCGAAAGAAAAAGUGUAAAGAAAAUCGGCCCAAAUGCUUGGAUUGUGAAAGACUCAAUAAAGAUUGUAUAUGGAUUGACCAUGAUACCAUGUCGGAAGAAGAAAUUAAAUUCUUGAAGGAAAAAGUCGAAAAGGAAGAAAGCGUAUCUAAGUUAAGAAAAAGGAAAUCAAAAGUUAAAGAAAUGGAAGUUAAAAAACAUAAAAAGGAUAACUUGAAUGAUUCAGUUUAUAACUCUUUGAUAUCUCAAGAAACGGACCCUUCAACGUUACAAACUAACGUUCAUGAUCGAGGAAUCCUGAUUACUAAAAAAACUACAUCAUCCCCCCAUCUGCUCAAACAGUCGGGUCAAUUUCCAAGUCCCGAGGCGUUUGUCAUGUCUCCUCGCUUGAGUCCCUUCAUGGCCCCCAACUCUCCGACUAUAAGUAGUCUAAUGAACCCCAUUGACUCUGCUGAAGUUCCAGCUAAAAAAUCAAAUAAACAGGAAGACUCUCCUCCCCCUCUUGAUUUGGACUUCUCCUUAGAUAAAAGUCCCGGCUCGCCCCAGGCGUUCCUUAGCUUUCUUCGGGAUUUAAGCCAGUAUCAGCACCUGCAACAGAUGGCCGAUCAUAAGAUUACUCUAAUCAAUGACGAAAACCACAAUGAAGAAACAGAUUACCAACAUUUCAUUAAAACAAUAUCUGAAAAUUCCGAUAUUGGUAAAGACCAAAACGAUCAUCCUCUGGAUUCUCCUAUUGCUCUAUCACCGAAUUUCAAUAUAAACUCUCUUCUAGAAUCAUUCUCGUCAUCUUCUCAUAGUCCAACUGCAAUUAACCACUUGGCUUCAAAUUUUAAUGCCUUCUUCCAUCCCACACCCCAAAAUACCCCUUCUCUAUUACCGGACCUCUCAGAAACUGGCGGUUACCUCUAUAAUUACUACGUGGAUACCUUGUCAAGAAAAAUCAGUAUUGCCCCUACUUCACAAAAUGAAUCAAACUCUUACCAAAAAGUCUUUCUCCCCUUGGCCCACAAGGAUAAAGGAGUAUUGUAUGGGAUAUUGGCUUGGUCGGGGUUUCAUCUUGGUGGUGAUUGGCAUAAAGAAGGGGCUAAAUAUAUAAACAUGGCUUUGGAUCAUAUAAAACAAACUUUAACCGAUUUAAGAGAACGAAGGGCCCUGGCGGGUGCUGAAGCUACCCUUAAAGAUACUAGACAAUCAAUCAUUAAUAAAUUGGCUACUUUAUUAAUUCUUUGUGGGGCAGAAAUUUGUCGUGGUGAUGUUAAAAACUGGACGGUUUAUCUCUCUUGGGGUUGGAAAAUUUUAUAUUCAAAUGGUGGUAUUUUAAAUUUUAACUCGAAUAAAGAAGAACAUUGGCUCAUUUCAAAUUUCGCCUAUCAUGACCUAUUAGCAAGUUCUACUUGUGUCCGAGGUACUUAUUUCCCUUCAAAUACUUAUGAUAUCAUCUUCAAUGACACUGAUAAAAUUUCAAAAGGUAAUUUAAGUCCGAUUUUGGGUAUAUCGAAAAAACUCUAUCGUAUAAUUGGAGAUAUAAAUACUUUGGUAUCAGAAAGUAAAAAAAUCUUUGAUGAUUACUAUAACACUAAUAUAAUCGAUCAUGAUAAUUCUAUGGGUGUUUCACAAUCCCCAACCUAUUCUAACAAUAACGAAGAUGACGAGAACGAUGAUACUGACUCUCAAAUUAGCUCCCGGGCUAAAGUUAGCAGGAAACUUUUCGAUGUCAUUACAAAAGCAAAAUAUCUCGAAAGACAGAUCGAUGAAGCAAAACCUGAUCCUUCGGAUAUUUCCAGUUUAACAGACGAAGAUUUAAAUUUACAAUUGACUUUAUUUGAAUCUUUCCAAAUAAGUGCUAAGCUUUUCGUAAGACAAGCCUUACUUAAAUGCAAUCCUUCAGCACUAGAAUCUCAAGUAUUGACUAAUGAUCUUACCAAAUGUAUUGAUAUUCUCAUUGAUUCUCCGGCUCAAGCAUCUCUUGUUUUCCCUAUCUUCAUGGCUGGUAUUCAUUGCGUGACUCAACACGACAGAAUCAUAAUGAAACAAAGAAUCGAGACGUUUGUCACCUUGUAUGGUGCUUGGAGUAUCAAACGUAUUAGACAUAUUUUGGAUAUUGUCUGGGACAGAAAUCCAAAAGGUGAUCUGGUUGUCGAUUGGAUGGCCAUUUUGAACGACUUGAACUGGGAAAUCAACUUCGCUUAACUCUUCUACUUCACUUCUACUUCACUGUAUAUUUAUUCUGAAUAACUAACUUGUAUUAUAAUUUAAUUGGUUUUUGC